ACACACACACACACACACACACACACACACACACACUUUCUCUCUCUGUCCCUCUUACACACACGUUUCCACAGCCAGAGGAGGACUACCUAAGACUAGAGCAGAAGGAGGAGAGGAGAGAGCUUGGAGAUCACUGUCUCCUACAUCAUCCUCACUGUAGCGGACAUAGCGGCUUCAAUCACAUCCGCGUGUGCACGCGCGCGUGUGUGUGUGUGUGUGUGUGUGUGUGUGUGUGGGGAUAUCGCAUCCAGAGCGCUGCAUCAUCUCAUCGCAGUGCCGCUAAUGAAGAAAGGGACUCUGCAGUGACCGUGUGUGUGUGUGUGUGUGUGUGUGUGCAUAUGGAGGUCUGAUAGCUGCAGUGCUGCUGCUGCUGUGUGUGUAUGUGUGUGUAAGAGGAGUGUAAAGGCACAAUGCAUAGACAGGAGGACUUGAGAUAGAGAAGGAAUCAAGGUGUGUGUGGGUGGGUGUGUGUGGGUGUGUGUGUGUGUGUUAGGAGAGAGUGUAGGUGUGUGUGUGAGUGAGUGAGAGGUGGACUCGAGCACAUCAGCAUUCCUGCUGCAGAAGCUACACACUCACACACACACACACACGCACGCACGCGCGCGCGCUCACGAGCGCGGUGGCACCAGGGGCGGACGCGGGGACGCAGUGAGGGAGACGGUCCCGGGUCCCGGGUGAGAGGCGGUGACACCCCCUGCGAACGGCCGUCGGCACGGAGAAGCGCGGAAACAGGGGCGUGAGCGAGAAAGACAGGCGGAAAGCCAUCAUGGGCGAGUGGACGAUAUUGGAGAGGCUGCUGGAGGCUGCGGUGCAGCAGCACUCCACCAUGAUCGGGAGGAUCCUGCUGACUGUGGUGGUGAUCUUCCGCAUCCUGAUCGUGGGUAUAGUGGGCGAAAAGGUGUACGAGGAUGAGCAAAUCAUGUUCAUAUGCAACACGCUGCAGCCCGGCUGCAACCAGGCCUGCUAUGACAAGGCCUUCCCCAUUUCGCACAUACGCUAUUGGGUUUUCCAGAUCAUCCUGGUGUGCACCCCAAGCCUGUGCUUCAUCACCUACUCGGUGCACCAGUCGGCCAAGCAUAAGGACCGGCAGUACACCGUCAUGCACGGCCCCUACAUCGACCACGGCCACGGACCCAGCCGCAAACUGCGCAGCCUCAAUGGCAUCCUCGUCCACGACUCCAAGGAUGAAGAAAUUCCCGAGCUUAAGGAUAUUCCCAACAUCCCUUCGUGGCCUCAUCGGCCUUCAAAGAGCGCCAGGGCACGGCAGCAGGAGGGCAUCUCGCGCUUCUAUGUCAUCCAGGUGGUGUUCCGUAACGCGCUGGAGAUCGGCUUCCUGGCUGGCCAGUACUUUCUUUACGGAUUCAAUGUGCCGGCGAUGUUCGAGUGUGACCGCUACCCUUGUGUCAAGGAGGUGGAGUGCUACGUGUCACGGCCCACAGAGAAAACCGUCUUCCUGGUGUUUAUGUUUGCUGUAAGCGGCAUUUGCGUCGUGCUCAACUUGGCUGAGCUAAACCACCUGGGCUGGAGGAAGAUCAAAGCGGCCGUGCGAGGUGCUCAGCAGCGCAGGAAGUCUGUGUGCGAGCUUAGGAAGAAGGACACCUCACACCUGUCCUCGCUUCCCAACCUGGGGCGCACGCAAAGCAGCGAAUCGGCAUACGUCUGACGGAGAAUAGGGGAGGGGCUUAGGACGGCAUGGGCAUGGAUGACCAGACGGAAGCAGAAGGCACGUCCUACAAUUAUGACUUAAUUGAGCAUGAGACGACUCGGUAUCAUUCGCAAGGUCGGACAAUGGGGAGACAGGGAUGGGAGACGGCGGUACGUGAACCUGAGAGAAACAAACAUCAAAAAAGGAAUUCAAACCCUGAACGCAUGCAAGAACAAUGUUCUCACACUCACAUACCUGUCUCCCCAAGACCUGUGGAUGUCUUCCAAACAAGGCCAUGUCAAAAAAGCUAAAGACAUUUUUGAGAUGGUAGCUCAAGGCGGAGAGAGACAGCGAGGCACUCAGCAAUCAGAUCUUAAUCUUUUGAAUUUCCAAAAAAACGAACAAAGCAAAGUUGCAAAGUGUCGAAGCUUACCCUGUCUCUCUCUUUCUCUUGUAACAAGUGACAGCGUCUUUCAUGCGGGGAAAUUUGAAUUGUAAAAGAAAAGAAUGGUGAUGCAACGAUAACGAUGAUGGUGAUGAUUAUGAUAAACAAGCCCCUCCCCCUUUGACAGCAGCUGGGCAAUAGGAGGACCACCCCUUUAUUCAUCUACUAUAAACAUAACCGUAAAAUAAAACGCAUAACCAAACACUCGUUACUCCGUUCGCGUCUCUUAGAGCCCUCAAGCUGCUGCUUAGGAACAACUCUGUACAUAUUUUUUGGCAUUACGAUUUAUUGCAAUGAUUCUUUUCAUGAAUAUUCAAUGCACCUUUGUAUAACUUUUUUGGUCCUGUAUGUUCAAGUCAAGCAACGUUUCUGCUCUCACGUGAGAUCUUCUGAGAAGUCCACACAUGCGCGUUUUUUGCUUCCUGCUCCGUUGCGCAUGGCUAAAUCGGUAGCGAUAGAGGUAGCUCUCGGUAGCUGAUGUAGAUUCUAGGUGGUUUCUUCCACAAUCAGGUGAAAUGACAGGAAUGUGCAAAAUUCCUUGUUGUAAAUCAAUAUGAAGUACAAUGCAUAUAGUCUCUGUGCUUUGCCAAAGUGUCUGAUGUCUUGGAAACUGGGUGGAGCUAACCUUGCGGAGAACGCUUCGGUCACCGUGAUGUUGAUGUUGCUCAUCCUUACCACCAAACUAUGCAUUCAUGCUUGAAUAAUCUGUGCAGGUCUGAGAAAAUCAGCAAACGAAUGCUAGCUACCUAGCCGGAUAAUGUGCUGACAGUGCUAAUCAUGUGGGUUGGCACACGGAGGGUUUAAAUGGGUUUAAUCGCUUGACUGGUGUGGCGUUUUGCCGGAGUGAGGGGCUGUCAAUCAAUCAAGUGUAACAAUUAGAAUAUUAGGCCAUGCCCACUGAGUUUAGAUCAGUGAGUUUUGCAGCUGUGAGUUGAGCAGCAUUUAUUACUACCUAAAUGAUAUAAAUCUCUUUUAUUUCAAUUCUGCAUUAUGUUUAAUUUUGAGACAGGUUCGAAGUGUGUUAUUGUUAUAAUGUUGACUUUAUACAGUUCCUGUGAACUGUUUUUUUAUGGAUGUUGAGACACAUGCAUGUUCCUUUUGUUUUUAUGUAACAAACCCGGAAAUAUUAAAAUAACAUUAAUAAUAUUUAUUUUGACCAAUUAUAUUGUAUAUUAUUAUAUAUAUACUUUACAUACUCUUGGCAUCCGAAAAGUUUUUUCUUUUCUGUGGUGACUGGGCAGGUCAAUCCAUCAUAGAUAAAACUCCAGACAACUGUUUACUCUCUAAAUAACACUUAAGAGGUUGGACAUAUGCUUUGGCUCCUUGUCUUGUUGUAUGGUGAAGUCAGUUCCAAUCAUUCCAGAUGGGAUUGGAUGGUGUUGAAGUAUGGAUUGGUAGCCAUGUUGAUUCCUUCCACCCGGAAUAAGUCUUUACGCUUCCACCUCUAUGUUCUUCUGUUAGAGCCAAAAACGUCUGUCCACAGAACCUUCUUCCACUUAUUGACUGUCAAAUUAUUGUGAGUUUUUGCCUUUUACUUAACUUGUUGCAUAGAAACAAAAGGAACAUUCAUGCAUCUUAAAUCCCAUAAAAGACUCCACACUUUUGACAGACACUGUUGUAAGCAGCUUUCAAGGCAAAUGUGCAAGGAAAAAGAUUAAAUAAGCGAUGGCCUGUUUUGGCUUGCAUAGUGUGUGAGCAGAAAAAAAAAUCACCUUGACUCUAUAUACAGGACCACAACUGGGCUAAGUGCAAGAAAUGCAAGCUUUAACGUAAAAAAACAAAACAAAAAAAGAUACGAAAUGAAAUGAAGAAAAUACCUGUAUAAUUAGUGAUAAUAAUUAUUUUAUUUGUUCUUUAUGAAAGAAACUUGUAUAUUUCAUGAUAAAAAAUGAUUUGUUUUUUUUUAACAACAGACUUCUGCAGAAAACAACACAAAACAAGGCAUGUUAAUGACGCAUUAUUAGAAUGGCUAGACUGUGACCUGGGCUGUGUUAUGACAUUUUAUUUUUGAAAAAAAAAAGCGAUAUUCUUUUGUUUUUUUGUUCAUUUAUUUGCACCAUGUUUAUGUACUCCGAAGCAUGCUGAGCAGAAAAACUAUAGCACCAUGCAGAUAUGGGAUUAUGGGACCUGUGCUGAUUAUGGCUCUGGUAUUGCAGCAAUAAUACAUAUAUUACAAAUAAGAAAUUAUAAGAAAAAAUAUAUAAUGAAUAUAUGUCGAAAAAAUAAAAGAAAUAAAUUCCCUCCAUUUUGAUGAUGCAUGCAUGUGUGUGUAUGCGUAAAUGAUUGUAUGCAUGUGAAAGAAUGGUGUUUCCUGAGCUGUCAGAUUAUUUAAAGGUUGACAAAGUGUGAUGUCUAGACAACUGGGUCAGAGCAUCUCCAAACCUGCAGCUCUUGUGGACU